CGGAAAUCCCCUAUGUGCUUGGACUUUUAUUUGACAUGAACACUUAAUUUCUAUAAAAAGGAAUAAAAAUCCCCAUGACUUAAAAUCGGAUUUUUGCCGUAUGCUAACUCUAGACUAAAUUAUUCUUGUACAAACUGAUAGAUCUAGCGAAUAGACUAUUAGCUCAAAUAAUUUACACACCUGUGAAUUUAAAAAAAAAAGGAAAAUAUAUCAAGCGUGUUUAGGCAUUUUGAUCUUUAAUUUAUUAAGUUAUCAAAAGUAUGUAUCUAAGAAACAACCCCAAAAUGUUUAAAACACAAGGACAUACAUGUUAAUGAGAUCUUUUCAAUUGUUUAAAUUGAUUGUUUCUCGCCGACAUGAGUCUGUGCUGCUGAGAUGUUCAAUAUAUAACUACAUUUUCUCAAUACUAGAUUGUAUCUUAAAAAACAGAAAAGUUAAAGUAAAAUUGAAAUAUAAAUUAAGUUGUAGGACUAUUAAUAGUAUUCUUAGAAUCAUACAUUUAUUCACUACCCGGUAACUCGCCACUCGCUAUCACCACGGAGGACACACGAGCAAUCCCUGAAAAUGACCAACAUUUUACAAGAUCAGAUCCAAUUAAAAGUAAACAUCUUGCAAACAAUACUUAGUGAGUCGCUAGCCAGAUCAGCAUCAAGUUUCUGCAUUAGUGGAGCCCAGCGGCUAGCAACGUUCAAAAUGUAUCCGUCUGCUGACAAAGUGUCACCAACACUGUUAGCAUCAGAUGGAUUUAUCUAUACCGGCUCUGAUAUGGACGACUCCGUUAUGUGCAUCUAUUGCCUAAAGACUAAGAGGAACUGGAAGCAGGGAGACUCAGUAGCAGACGUACAUCGCCAAAUAGCUCCCGACUGUCCUAUGGUGACCAAAGUGUUUAAAAACCACAAACAAGUUAAGUCUGCAGCAAUGGUAACUUUUAAUACACAAGAAUCUAACCAGGCAGGAAAACAUAAAACACAUCAACCAGAACUUUCUGAUGAUAGUGCCAUAGAAACAGACGCAGCUCUCGGUGUUAUGCAGUCAUCAUCUGUCAGACCUUUACCCCAAGACAGGUCUUUAAUGCACUUUGUCACUUUUGGUACGGCUAAACCUUUUAUAGAGAUCGCUACCGGAAAUAAUGCAACUUCUAUAAUUACAGCUGAAGAAGUCAGAUCGAAUGGCAUUGUAUCACAAGUUUCAGAAAACGAUUCCGAAUUUUCAGAGUCAAUAAAUUCCAACCAAGUUAGUCAGCCUCAAAGUAAUCAACAGUUAGAUGUUAUGGGAGAAAAUGAGGCUGUUUUGUCAUCUUUAAUAGAAUCUGAAAGAGAAGUUCCAAGGCUAGAUCCGACAGAAUCGUUGUCUGGCGCAACAACACUCACAGGAUCAAUGUCAAGCCUUAACUCAAUGGAUAGUAGAAGCAACUUGAGCCAGGACAAUGGUGCGGUAGAAGAACAGUCUAACAUGGUCACCGGCAACGACCAGAGACAAAAUGAAGCACAACCAUCUUCUAACUUAACAGCAGACGACGUAUCAGCAUCAAGUAAUGUCGAAGGCAAUAUCAGAGAGAGUCUAAUCAGCGGUGCUAAUGGAGGACAGUCGCUGACGAACGCCAGGAGCAAUCAGAAUAACAAUAAAGCCCCGACGUAUUCCGAGCUGGGUAUCAUCACAGAAAGACCCAAGCGUGCUGAAUAUGCCUUAAAGCUGAAACGGAGGGAGACAUUUGGAACUUGGCCCAGAGAUCAUCACCUAAAUCCUAUCGAGUUGUCGGAUGCAGGAUUUUACUAUGCAGGCUAUGGAGACUGUACUCGCUGUUUCUACUGUGGAGGUGGUCUGAGAAACUGGGAAGAUGAGGACGAUGUCUGGGUCGAGCAUGCCAGAUGGUUCCCUAAGUGUGCCUUUAUAAGGCAACAGAUGGGCCAAGUCUUUGUGGAAACUGUUCAAGAACUGACCAAAUCUCAGGAGAAGAUUCCCUUUGAGGAUGUUAUGAACAAAAUGGGUGUCUCAGUUGAGACGUUUCGUUUGGAUUCCAAAACUGCUCCCCUAAAGAGAGACCCUGCAGUUCAGGCCCUCGUACAACUUGGAUUCCCAGAAAAACAAGUUAUCGAUGUGGCUACAAGGCUGAAGGAGGAAGCUAAUCUGAUAUCUGCUGAUUCAAUUGUGGAGAAGUUGACAGAGGAAGGCAUCCGAAGAUCUGAAAGUUUUCCAAUCGCUAUGAAAGAUCAAACGGUAGACUUUGAGACUUUACGCCAACUAAAAGAAGACAACAAUCAAAUGCGUCAACAAAUUGUGUGUAAAAUCUGUAUGGACAAAGAAGUAGCAGUGACAUUUCUACCAUGUGGUCAUUUAGUGUCCUGUGCAGACUGUGCCCUGGCCAUGAAAGAUUGCCCAGUCUGCAGGAAGAAUGUGCGAGGUGUAGUUCGGGCCUUUCUUUCUGUUUCUUUAGACUGAAUACAAUAAAAAAUAAUUUUCAAAUA